GCCGGGCUGACGCGCGGCAGGGCCAGGCAGUGAGUAUAGGCUGCGCUGUCAGGCCGGUGUCAGUCUGAUGAAGAUUGGCAUGCAGGUGGCAGAGUUAUUGAUUGCUCUACGUGUGCACAUGUUCCUGAUCUGGAAGAUAAAUUUAGGAGUGCAAGCAGUGCACUCUCCACCUGUCAAGCAGUCCAAAAUGCUUUUCUCUUUUCAAGUCUGAUCCUGGAAGAGAUCCUUGCAGGGAAAAAUCUCUGGUGAGAGCAGUCAUUCAGUGCAGGCAAGGGGAAGUGAAGCUGAACAGAGAGGGGCAAAUUCUGGAGUUGGAUCCUGAAGUGUUUGCCUUUCAAGCUGAUCCGUUCGAAAGGAUUUCCGAAUGUUUGCCCUCUGAUGAAGAUUGGCUUGAAUUCUAAUCCUGCCCAUGAAACUGUCUUGAGUCCCAACCAACACUGUCAAGCGUUUCAAACUUGAUGGGACUGCUCUCUACAUUUUCAUUACUGAUCAUACUAAACAGCAUCUGGACCACAACAGAGUGCUGAGAGACUGCACAAACUACCUCUUGCCAAUUGGAGAAGAACCCAUUGUAUACCACUCUCUAGGUGCCUCUGCUCUGGCUGGAAGAAGCAGCUUUUGUGUUCCUGGCAGAGAAAGGGCAGAGGGGAGAGUUUCAAAGGACAAGCGGCUCCCGGAGCACACUCCAUAGUUCUAGAUGUGAAUCAACCCCAGGAUGCAACAUGUCUCCCCAGCGCCAGCUCUGACAAUGAUGGCCACACAGACUGUGCCCCCUCCCCCUUAUCAAGAAACCCAACAGAUGACUGCCACAGCGCAACAGCCGGCUAAAGCCCAGCCACUACACAUCCCCACGCCCUCAGCAGCCGCCAACACUCCUAUCCCCAGUACUCCCGUCGACCCUCAAGCACAGCUGGAGGCUGACAAGCGGGCUGUCUACAGGCAUCCUCUCUUCCCUCUUCUGACACUGCUGUUUGAGAAGUGUGAGCAGGCAACGCAAGGCUCGGAGUGCAUCACUUCUGCCAGCUUUGAUGUCGACAUUGAGAAUUUCGUACACCAGCAAGAACAGGAGCACAAACCAUUCUUCAGCGAUGACCCUGAGCUGGACAACCUGAUGGUGAAAGCCAUUCAGGUCCUGAGAAUUCACCUACUGGAGCUGGAGAAAGUGAAUGAAUUGUGCAAGGACUUUUGUAAUCGUUACAUCACCUGCCUCAAAACUAAGAUGCACAGUGACAACCUACUCAGGAAUGACCUUGGGGGCCCUUACUCCCCAAACCAGUCCUCCAUAAACCUCCACACACAGGAUAUGCUGCAGAAUUCUCCUAACUCAAUGACUGCAGUAUCCGGCAACCCCCAAGGGAUCGUGGUGCCCGCAUCAGCAUUGCAACAGGGAAGCAUCUCCAUGACAACAGUCAACUCACAAGUUGUGUCAGGUGGAGCCCUUUACCAGCCUGUAACUAUGGUAACGUCUCAGGGCCAGGUGGUAACUCAAGCAAUCCCUCAGGGGGCCAUUCAGAUCCAGAAUACGCAGGUUAACCUGGACCUGACCUCUCUUCUUGACAGCGAAGAUAAAAAGUCAAAGAAUAAACGGGGAGUCCUGCCGAAGCACGCUACGAAUAUCAUGCGCUCCUGGCUCUUCCAGCAUCUUAUGCACCCUUACCCAACAGAGGACGAGAAAAGACAGAUAGCAGCACAGACUAACCUCACGCUUUUGCAAGUCAACAACUGGUUCAUCAAUGCCCGGCGACGUAUUCUUCAGCCUAUGCUUGAUGCAAGCAAUCCAGAUCCUGCCCCCAAAGCCAAGAAGAUCAAAUCUCAGCAUCGGCCUACACAGAGAUUUUGGCCCAACUCCAUUGCAGCCGGCGUACUGCAGCAACAUGGAGGCAAUCCUGGUACUAACCCCGAUGGCUCUAUAAAUAUGGACAACCUGCAGUCCCUCUCCUCUGAUAAUGCUACCAUUGCUAUGCAGCAAGCCAUGAUGGCAGCAGCUCAUGAUGACUCACUUGAUGGGACAGAGGACGAGGAGGACGAUGAGAUGGAAGAAGAAGAGGAGGAUGAAGAAGAAGAGGAGGAUCUGGAGGAGGAGAGCGAGGAUCUUCAGACAACAAAUGUUAGCGAUCUUGGCUUGGAUCACAGUGACUCACUUGAGUAAAGAACUAUGGUUGACGGUGAAGCAGGUGUCUCCUGGAAAAGCUGACUGCUUGCCUAAAACAUUGGCCUGAGCCUGAACUUUAGCAUACAAACCCUGCAUCCCUUUAAAGAUAUAAUUCUUCAACAACAAUAUCCUUACCAAGCGUCCUGCUUACCUGCUUCAGUUGCAGGAAUGGACGCAAAUGAUGCACAUUUAAGAGACCUGUCAAAUGUGCAAACUGAUUAUUUAAGUGAAGGACCCACGUUUACAAGGCACAUAUUGUGGCCAGUUCAUUUCUUUUUCCUUUGUUUUUGAUAAUAACAACAAAAGUGUUUUUAGGGUAAGCUGUUUGCUGUAUGACUGAAUGUUUUAUGGAUGUUCUGAUGGAAUGCCUUUUUGUGACAAGCAGUUGAGAGGCAAGUCUGUUUUCAUUUUCACUGCUUUUAUGAGAGAUUUAUAGAUGCAAAGGAGGGAGAGAGAGAGAGAGAGAAAUUGAUGGUUUUUACAAAAAGAAAAAAGAAACUAAAAGACUGUAAUGAUUAUAAAUAUCUAGAUGUAGAAAAGUCAAGAGUUUGCAAAUUCACAAAAAAAAAUUAACGAAUGAACAUUGAGAGAGGGUUUAGUGCUGGACCCAGGUAGACUGCAUGCUGGUUCUGAAAAACUUGAUUCCAAGACUUCAGGAUUUCAGUGGGCCAGAUUUCAAGGAAUAUGGAGAGGGCCCAUGUUUUGUGGCUAAUGCAACAAACUGAUAUAUCACACUGCCAUCUGAACUAUUUGGAAAGGAGAGAUGAAAAGUUUUAGCCCUCUGAGCAGAAGUGUUGUAAUACUAACAUGUCUGGUCUGAUUCCCUGCUACAGGAUGUAAAGUCAGCGAACCCAAAAAAAGAAUUUCUCUGAAUAAUUAUGUUAAUUGUUUAGAGGAUUAUAAAUUGAGAAGUAACAAUGACAGCUUUAUGCAUUGGUUGAAUAUGAGCAGGCUCAGGUUUCCAAAAGUUUGCAGGCUCAGAGGCCAAGCAAAAGGUCACUGCUGGCUUAGUUUAUGGAUAUUAGUGGAAUUGUUAUUCAGAUGGCGAGUGAAAAUCCCUUUUCCAAACCUCAUUUCCCUGGAGCUCAUCACCUGUCACUUUUUAUGACCUGUGGCUCUGCCACCCCCAGAACCUCCAAACGAGAAGGUCUCCAAGUCACAAUAUUCAACUGGAUGAGUUUUAUACAUUCAGGAUCAGGAUUAGAUGAAGAACAUCUUUCCCCCAUUGACCACCAUCACUCAUUCAGUCCAGAACAGACACUGCAGCCUCCUGGUGCCAUUUUCUUUAAGUCCCUCCAUGCAGCUACUCUCAUUGUAUGCUGAGCCAGUAGUACACAUACAACAGCUCACCAAGUGGAUUGUCCUAUGUUUUCCAUCCUGCUGUGAGCAUCUUUUUUUGAAGCCAUUUGUAGCCCGAGGGGGUGGCAGGAGGAGAGGAAUCCACCACAUGAACAUUUCACCUUGUUGCGGUGAAUCAGUUUCCAAGUGGCAGCCAUGGCAUAAAAACUAGCCUUAAGAGUGCUUUCCCCCCCCCUCUAAAUCUAUUUUUUGCCCCAUAAAACUCACAAACGAAAAGUGUAAAGUCAAUAAAAAGCUUUUUUUUAAAAAAAAAAAUCCAAACACACAUUCCUAGAAAUGUAACGGUUUAGUUCACCUUAUCUGAUGGAGGUGCAUUAUUCUGCAUCUAUGGUCAUGCCACCUCCAGCCUAAGCACACAGAGAGUUCAUGCAUGCAUGUAUGCUCCUCAAAUAGCAGGUGCAGUUUUAGGACCAGCAAAGGCAUUUGUGCAUAGACCUAGCCCCUGUGAUGCCUCUACCACAGAAAGACAUAUAGCAGCUGCACGUUCCUUCCAGGGAGCAUGGACACUCCUGCACCAGGAAAUGAUGUGUCUGUUAAUUCUAUGCGCAUGACAAUAACAUUUGAACAUAUAUUUAAAAGGGGAGGGUGCAUAAUGCAAAUCAACCUAGACCAGGAGUAGCCAACAUGGUGCCUUCCAAAUGUUGUUAGGCUACAAUUCCCAUCAUCCCUGGCUAGACAUGGGGAGAAAUUUCAAAACAACAUGAGAACCGAAACCCAGCCAUCCUGCAACAUUCACACUUAUCCAAAUUGUGCAAUGCAGUCUUCCAACCAAAUAUUGCUUAUAAAAAUGCAUAUAUUAGGUGGGAAAUGGGGAUAAAAGUGAAUUUAUCCAUGAAAAUAACAACAAUGCAUUAUAUUAGGGGACAUUGCUUGCAGAAAUGUGUACAUUAGUGAAAACUACCUACAGAAAUGUGUUUAUUAAGAGAAAAUCACACUAAAAUGCUGGAGAAUUUUCAUGAGGAUUAUUAAAAACAACAAAAAGCCUGCAAAUUGCUGCAGAAAUGAGAAUUGCAAAAAUGAGGAACUGAGAAAACCGAAACUGAGAGAUCUUUCUAUCCCUGUCUCUGACUAUUGACCAUGCUGGCUUGGCUGAUGGGAACUGGAGUCAAGCUAUAUCCAGAAGGCACCACUCCUAUAUCAGAACGACCAGAAACCUCCGGGUAGCUGCUAAAGGAACAAUAUGUUGACUCCAACCACAUAGAAAACUGAUCAGUGAUGGCUUCAGGUUUUGGAGGGCCCUUGGGCAGAAUGAUCUCAGUUUGGCCCCUACCCAAGCUCCUCACCACACCCGCCAUUGCUCGUUUGCCUGCCUUUAUCACCUUGGGCCCUAGCUGCACCAUCUCCCACAGAGACAGGAAGGCAUACAGGGGCUACUGGUUUUCUCGUUCUCUGGAGAGGGCAAAUGAAUCAUCAGCAACAGCAAGGACGAAGACUUAACCAGGGCAGGAAGCUCCCAGGAUUGGCUGCAAACCCCCAACUAGGACGCAGACCUCAGCAAGUGCCCGAUUAUGCGCCGGGCCUGUCCUUUGUAAUCUUUGGUCCUUGCAACGCUCCUUUUCCCCAGAUUGUCAAAAAGGUAACAGUUGCUCCGCCAGGUGGUCGGGGGCUGCACACAGCAAGCUCUCCAAUGGUGAGUUUUUCAAAAUGGUCAUUUGAAGCCACCCUAGAACUGAUAUAGGAGGGAUGUCCUUCUCCAGAGUCUCCCUCUUGCGCAGUCUUUUAAUUCUCCUACUCCUACUGCAUGAGAGAGGGCUCCAGGAGAAAACUCCUCAACAUUAUUGCUCCUUGUAUCCAUUUAAUGAUUAUUAAUUUUGUUUUGGACAUUGGGCUCAGGAAAACGUCACCAGUGCACAAAAACAACCAAAAGCCCCCUACUGGAUUAUCUUAUCAGCUUGUGAACAACAGUUUGUGGCCCUUUCGAUUAGCAGGUGGUCAGAUUUUCCUGACAUGAAUGUAUUUUUCGAGGGGGGAGCUGAUGUUUAACAUUUCAAUAGAGAUGUGAGACCCCAAUAAUCUUAUUUAUAAUCUGUAUUAUCUAGUCAAUCUGUGUUUGUUUGCUUUUUGUCUUUUGAUGCUGUCAUGAUGAUGAGGCUCACUUUGCCAAAGUGAAGUGGGACAGAAGGGUUUCCCCCUUUGGGGUUCGUCUUCCUUGUCAGCAAAAAAAUAAAACUCUGCACAUGUACACACGGUCACAUGCACCCCCUUGCAAAUGGUCUGCACACCUUUCCUCAAUGCGUCAGCCAAACAAAUCAUGAACUUCCAAGACAAAAUGUUUUACCCAUUUUAAGGUUUUAAUUAUGCGUUCAAGCUUUAUUUGUCUCUUCCAGGUCUUUCCUCCUCCAUCACGAAGCACAGUUUUCGGUUUGCUUUUGGCUCUUUGAGGAGGUGAGAGGUUUGAUCAAUCACUUUACAUUAAGGGUUGAAUUGAGGAUAAUUCCUUGGGAAUGUAUUGGAAUAUCAGUGGGCCGAAAAGCCCCCAUUUUUGGAUACUGAUAUGGCAUGAAUGUAAUAUGUAAUUUCAUAGAAAAUUCAUUGUAAUUUAGUAUUAAUUCAUGUCCAUUUAUUAUAAAGUGCUACCAGAUGAGG